AUGAGAAAGCUGAUAUCGGGUCUCUUCGUUUCACCAUCCCCUUUCCCACAAAAGUUUUCCCUGGAAGGACUCAAUAAGCUUUGUGAUACACUCGAACAAAACAAAAUUAUUAACGACACAAAUGCAGAUUUAGUUGUUGAAACUUUACGGUCAAUAUCCGAGUUGAUGGUUUGGGGAGACAAACAUAACGAAAAAUUCUGGGACCUAUUUCUUGAAAGAAAUGUAUUUCACUCUUUUUUCAACGUUCUUUCUCAACCAAACGCUCCGAAUCAAGUCAAGAAACAACUCAUUCAGUCAAUUAGUAUCAUGAUUCAAAACAUGAACAAUACGAAUUCGAUGUACUUUCUUCUUUCUAAUAAUCACAUCAACGAGCUGAUCAACCACCCACUCGACUUUUCCGAUGAAGAAUUACUUGCAUACUAUAUCAAUUUUUUGAAGACAAUUUCUCUAAAAUUCGACAAAUCUAUGAUCCAAUUCUUUUUUGAUAGUUACAAUUUGAGAUUCCCUCUUUACGAUCAAUGCAUCAAAUUUUGUAAUCACUCAGACAGCAUGAUUAGAAUAGCAGUGAGAACAAUAACGCUGAACACCUAUAGCGUCAAGGAUCAGGCACUUCAUAAAUAUGUAACGAGUGGUCCUUAUUUUUCCAUGCUGGCAGACUCAUUAAUUGAUCAAUUAUCAUCUCUAAAUUAUAUUAUAAUCAAGACAAGAGAAAACAAAUCAUCCAUUAGAAUUUUAGAGGAUUAUUCUGCUGAUUUAUUGGAUCAUUUAUUUUACUUAAAAGAUAUAAUUAACACCAAUAUCGAAGGAAUGGAUGAAAAAAUAACAGAAUCAAUUGUUGAUUUUACUCUCAGAAAAUUAAUUAGAGAUAUAAUGUUGUCAGGCGAGACAGUUACAGAAAACAAUGAGCUUCAAAAUGAAAAGAAAUACGGUCUUCUUUUGGAAACAGUUUUAUACUGUGUAUCUCAAGUUUAUACAAUUUUCAAUCACAAAAUUCUGAUUGAAAGAUUAACUGGAGUAAUAUUUUCCAAUGACAUAGGAUUUGAAUAUUCGUUUUAUGAGACCAUACUUCAGCAAGUAGAUAAGGAAAAUAACAAUGAGUCCUUACUGCUUACGGCUCUUUCCACAAUUUAUUCUAUUGCCAGUAAUGAAUCAUCUCCAAGUCAUAUUCUUUCAAAUUAUGGAAUUGUGAGGCCAAAUGAUUUAGAGGAGUUAGCAGAUGACCAGAAAAAGAAAAGUUUUGAAUUUUAUUCUAUAUUAUGGAGGCUUGUCUCCGAAAGAGUGCCUAAUAGAAUUAAUACGCUUCACAUAAUUUAUAGAAUUUUUUCUCAUCUGUGGAGUGAUUUAUCUACUAAUAAUAUAGCUAUUGCCAAACACCAUUUUCCAGCAAUUAAGAAAACAAUGGCAUCAAGUAGAGAACAUCUUCUCGAGCUUAUUUCAGUAUCAGACAUUUUUGAAUUUAUGGAUAAUUUCCAACUCGAAUAUACUCAAUAUCAGAGAUUAACCAGUCUACGACCAGAUGCUAUCAUAUCAGACAUAGCUGUAUUAAUUAACUAUGAGAAGGAUGAAAAAUCAGAUUCUAUUUUUGAUCAAAUCCCUCUUCAAAGGAGCUCAUCAAACAUUGAAAAUUCAAACCGGUUUGCUAUACACGAGUUUCUUUUAAUUUACGAGUUUCUUUCUAAAUCCAAGAUUCUUAUCCAGUCUAUUUUAGGUCGAGAAGAAACCAUCUCUUUAGGUUCAAUUGUACAACCAAAACCUGAAUAUUUACCAGAGGACGAGGCAGUGAUGGUAAAUAGAGAAACGAUUCGAUGUAGCAUAACAUCACCUCAAAGCCUACCACCUCCAGUGACACACUCAUCACCCAAAAAAGCUCCAAGAACUCCAAAUGGUGGAGGGACUCCAUCAAAGAAAGACAAUAGAGAGAUGCGUCACAUUUUCUUUGAUAAUAACUUUUUAUACAUUGUCACAGUAGAUAUUAACAGAGUUGGUUUUGGAAUUGUUGAAGAAACUAUACCGUUAUUUUCAGUUCAGGUAAAAACAAACGAGCAAAAUAAGUUUUCUUUGCGAUUGGUAGCAGAAAAGAAGCAAGCAUUAGCUUCGCCAUUAAUACUAUUCGACAAGAAGUUAGUUUUUGACGAUUUCAAGAUUGCCAAAGAGGUUAAAGCAGUAAUAGAGAAGAAGUUAGAGGAAUGCAGACAACUGAAACUGUCAGAGUUCAAGAAAGCACUGCAGCAGUAA